AUGUCUGCCGAAAACCCAGAAUUGAAGGAGGAGCAGCUUCCCCCUCGUGAUGAGGGAUUGGACGAUGAGGAAGAGAUCGCCGCCAUGAAGCGACGUGUCGCCGAGAUGGAAUCCGAGGCAGCCAAAUUGCGUGACAUGCAAGAGACGCUGGAACAGCAAGCCGAGGGUCUGCAAGAGAACAAGGAAGAUAUCGACGCGCGGAGUAUAUUCGUCGGCAAUGUCGAUUACGGUGCUUCGCCCGAGGAGAUCCAGGCACACUUCCAGAGCUGCGGGUCGAUCAAUCGGGUGACUAUUCUCUUGGACAAGUUUACAGGUCAACCAAAGGGAUACGCGUACGUGGAGUUUGCGGAGCCCAGCCUGGUCGCCCAAGCCUUGGUCCUGAACGAGAGUGUCUUCCGUGGCCGAAACCUGAAGGUCACUCCUAAGCGCACCAAUCUCCCCGGCAUGACUCGUGGUCGUGGACGAGGCGGAUUCCGCGGUGGCCGCGGGCGUGGUGGUUUCCGAGGCAGCUACCGGGGUGGGUAUCGCGGACGCGGUCGUGGCUUUGCGCCAUACUAA